ACAGAGAAGGAGGGGGGAGAAGGGAGAACAAAGUGCGUGAGUAGGUGGAAGAUGGUGACGUCAACUGGGCUGCAGUAUGUGGCGAGCAAAGAAGUGGUCGUGACAAGCGGUGCGAACUACUGUGAGGUGACGUGGACGCAGACCAGCGAGCAUCCUGCGUGGAUCGAAAAUCCGGAGUUGCUGAUCAUCCAAGCUUGGAGGACUAACGUGGAGGGCGAUCUUCUUGGCUUUCUUUUUGGAUCGGUACAGCCGGGGCGCCGCCAGUUGAUUGCGCAGGAGCUCAUCGCGCCGAUCGUGAAAUUGGCGGACGACCUCUCGCCCGACAUCUAUUCGCAAAGCAACGACAGCCUUGCUCCGUAUAUUCUCGAGCGAUCAUUGGAUCCGUACCUUCAGUGGACUGCGUGCUUAGAGGAGCCCAGGGACGAAGAUACUCUACCAUCCCGGCAGGAGUAUCUGAAGCCGUACGACAUCAUCCCUCACGCCUUUUAUCCGAAGGCGGAGGAAGUGGUGGUCGACGACGACGAAGAAGACAACGACGAGGGAACGUCAGAGGAGGGAAGCUAUAGCGAGUAUAGCGAGGGCGAGCUGAGUGAAGAAGAAGAAGAGGAGGGAGAAGAAGGAACCGAGUUUGAGUGGGAAGCUUUGCCAGAGGAAGCGGCGCGCACGGGCAUGGAGACGGAAGAUCCGGAAGCAACGCGAAAGCGCGAAGAAAUUGCCAUCGGAAAACGCCAACUGGACUUCGCCAGCGGAGCCAGCCUGCGCAUCGGUAACGAUCCGACCAGAGAUCCGGAGCCGCCAAAGCCCGAAGAUGGCGACCCUGCAGCCGCCACCUCAAGCACCGCGCGACGGAGACGGAGCCGAUCCCCCUCCUCCUCUAGCCCCACCCGUCCCCCAAUUCGCCCACGUACCGAUGCGGGCGAUAGGCUUUCGUCCUCGGACGCUAUCCCGCCGACCCCUUGAUUUUCUUACCCUCGAACAGAUCCGCACCCCCGUC